UUGGGUCGCGGCGGAGCCUCGCCUCAGGAGCGGGGCUGAGGCGGCCGCGAAGAGGACUUGGGGCCCGCCAAUCCUCCGUCCGUUCUCCCUUGCUCGCUCCACCCCAUCCCAUCCCGGGGAACCUGCCAUGAAUGUGGACGUGGAGUUUCACAUUCGCCAAAACUACCCCUGGGCCCGUCUCCCCGCCAGCGUUAAGCAGGGUCUUGGAAACUCACAACGAGAAUAUGAAAAGCAGGUUGUGCUGUACAGUAUCCGCAAUCAACUUCGGUACCGAAAUAACUUAGUUAAGCACAUCAAGAAAGAUGAACGCAAAUACUACGAGGAUCUAUUAAAAUAUAGCAGAGAUCAUCUUAUGUUGUAUCCCUACCAUUUGUCUGAUAUCAUGGUGAAGGGCUUGAGGAUAACACCUUUUUCAUAUUACACAGGAAUAAUGGAGGACAUAAUGAACAGUGAAAAAAGUUAUGAUUCAUUGCCUAAUUUUACCGCGGCAGACUGCUUAAGGCUUCUUGGCAUAGGAAGAAACCAGUAUAUUGAUCUGAUGAACCAAUGUAGGUCAUCAAAAAAAUUUUUUAGAAGGAAAACUGCCCGUGACCUGCUACCCAUGAAACCAGUAGAAAUUGCCAUUGAAGCUUGGUGGGUGGUACAAGCCGGUUAUAUCACAGAGGAUGACAUUAAGAUAUGCACUCCCUGUGAAAAAUCUGCAGUUGAUAAAAUCAUUGAUUCAGGUCCUCAGCUUGCUGGAGUCCUAGACUACAAUGUUGUUCACAGCUUAUAUAACAAGGGGUUUAUCUACCUUGAUGUACCAAUAUCCGAUGACAGUUGCAUAGCAGUGCCUCCACUUGAAGGAUUUGUGAUGAACAGAGUUCAGGGAGAUUAUUUUGAAACUCUGCUGUACAAGAUAUUUGUCUCCAUAGAUGAGCACACAAAUGUUGCAGAGCUAGCAAAUGUCCUAGAGAUUGAUUUGUCGCUUGUGAAGAAUGCUGUUUCCAUGUAUUGCCGGCUAGGGUUUGCCCAUAAAAAGGGUCAAGUAAUAAACCUGGAUAAUCUUCAUUCAUCAUGGCGGAACGUUCCCUCAAUAAACAGGCUAAAGACAACGUUGGACCCACAGAAGAUGCUGUUAUCCUGGGACGGUGGAGAAAGCAGAAGUCCUGUACAAGAGGCUGGCUCUUCUGCCACCGAUACAGAUACCAACAGUCAAGAUGAUCAAGGUGACACAGCCAGCGUGAACAGCUUAAGCCUGUCUACCGCACACACAAAGAGGAUAGCAUUCCUCUUUGAUUCAACUCUGACUGCCUUUUUAAUGAUGGGGAAUCUUUCACCGAAUUUGAAAAGUCAUGCGGUCACCAUGUUCGAAGUAGGAAAACUGUCAGAUGAGUCACUGGACAGUUUUCUGGUGGAACUUGAAAAGGUUCAAAGUACAGGAGAGGGUGAAGCUCAAAGAUACUUUGAUCACGCACUCACCCUGAGAAACACUAUCCUGUUUCUGAGACACAAUAAGGACCUCGUGACUCAGGUUUCGCAAGUUGAGCAACCCAGUAAUGGUUUCCCUCUGGAUUUACUACGCUGUGAAAGCUUGCUUGGCUUGGAUCCUGCCACCUGCAGUAGAGUUUUGAACAAAAACUACACACUGCUUGUCUCCAUGGCACCCCUCACCAAUGAAAUUCGACCUACCAGCAGCUGCACCCCCCAGCAUAUUGGGCCCGCUAUUCCAGAAGUUAGCUCUGUAUGGUUCAAGCUCUAUAUUUAUCACAUAACUGGACAGGGGCCUCCAUCCCUGUUAUUAUCUAAAGGCACAAGACUUCGAAAACUUCCAGAUAUAUUUCAGGUAGGUGUUCCACACUUUUCAGGGACCGAGAGUCUUCUGUAG